AUGCCACGUACCAAAGUGUUCUUCGAUAUCACAAUUGGUGGAAAGAAAUCUGGAAGAAUUGUCAUGGAGUUGUACAAUGACAUCGUCCCUAAAACUGCCGAAAACUUCCGUUGCCUUUGUACCGGAGAGAAAGGAAUGGGAAAAUCGAAGAAGAAGUUGCACUUCAAAGGAUCCAAAUUCCAUCGUAUCAUUCCCGAAUUCAUGAUUCAAGGCGGCGAUUUCACUGCUGGAAAUGGCACAGGCGGUGAAUCGAUUUACGGGGAGACGUUUCCAGAUGAAAACUUCAAGGAGAAACACACCGGACCGGGUGUUCUGUCCAUGGCCAACGCCGGUGAGAACACCAACGGCUCGCAAUUCUUCUUGUGCACAGUCAAGACUACGUGGCUUGACGGAAAGCAUGUCGUGUUCGGAAAAGUGAUCGAAGGAAUGGAUGUGGUGAAAGCAAUCGAAUCGAAAGGGUCUGAAGAUGGAUCACCAAAGGCUCCUUGCGUCAUUGCGGAUUGUGGAGAACUUAAGUAA